AUGAUUCAAGAACUCAAGUUUAAUCGAGUGUAUCUGUUUGAGCCUAUGCUGACCCAAGCCGAAUCAAAGUUUAUUUCAUUGCAAGGAAUCUCCAUCAUUUCAGAAAACGAGAAUGGCGAACGAAAGGUACAUCAAAAGACGCUGUUUUACAUGCCACAUUGUCCAAUUAUGUUGUAUAAUAAUGUAAUCAAAUCCAACUGGGACACUGGACAAUACACCAAGCUGGCUAUUAUAGGAAACAGUUUUGAGACGUACGAUCUAAACAGUAUGGGCACUAGUCUUGGCGAUAAGUGCCCAUUCAUUCAAAGUGCAUUGACACAAGGGAUUGUUACAGAAACUCUAUUUGUAGACUUUGAACCGCUUAGCCAUGCAUUCAACAACACUGCUCUGAUUCAAUUCAAGUCUUUUAAAUAA